UCUCCCCACACUGGGAUCUGCCAGCUGGUGAAGCCUUGCUUCAAGAUGUCUUUGGGAUUGUAAUGGAUGAGGCUGUUAGAAAAGGAACUGAUGCCUCUGAAAAGGUCUGUGAGUGGAAGGAGCCCGAGGAGCUGAGGAAGCUGCUUGACUUGGAGUUGCGGAGCCAAGGAGAGAGGCAGGAUCAGAUCCUUGAUCGGUGCCGGACCAUCAUCCAGUAUAGUGUGAAGACCUGUCAUCCUCGAUUCUUCAACCAGCUCUUCUCGGGGCUUGACCCCUGCGCUCUGGCCGGUCGCAUCAUCACGGAGAGUCUCAACACCAGCCAGUACACGUACGAAAUCGCUCCAGUGUUUGUCCUCAUGGAGGAGGAGGUGCUGAAGAAGCUCCGGGCCCUGGUGGGCUGGAGCAGCGGGGAUGGGGUCUUCUGCCCAGGUGGCUCCAUUUCCAACAUGUAUGCGCUGAACUUGGCACGAUACCAGCGUUAUCCCGACUGCAAACAAAGGGGACUUCGGGCGCUGCCACCCUUGGCUGUCUUCACAACACAGGAGAGUCACUACUCCAUUCAGAAAGGAGCAGCUUUCCUGGGCCUGGGCACGGACAGCAUCCGCCUGGUUAAGGCUGACGAAAGGGGAAGGAUGAUCCCCGAGGAUUUGGAGAAACAAAUUAAUCAAGCUGAGGCCGAGGGUGCUGUGCCACUCCUUGUCAGUGCCACCUCAGGCACCACGGUCCUGGGAGCCUUUGACCCGCUGGAGGCCAUCGCCGAUGUGUGCCAGCAACAUGGGCUGUGGCUCCAUGUGGAUGCAGCCUGGGGUGGAAGCGUCCUACUGUCUCAGACACACCGGCACCUCUUGGAGGGCAUUAAGAGGGCUGACUCAGUGUCCUGGAAUCCCCACAAGCUGCUCGCAACUGGGUUGCAGUGCUCAGCUCUCCUCCUUCGGGACACUUCGAACUUGCUGAAACACUGUCAUGGAGCCCAGGCUACCUACCUGUUUCAGCAAGACAAAUUCUACGAUGUGGCUCUGGACACGGGAGACAAGGUUGUGCAGUGUGGUCGUCGUGUAGACUGUCUGAAGCUGUGGCUUAUGUGGAAGGCUCUGGGCGGAUCAGGGCUGGAGCAGCGCGUGGACUGGGCCUUCACCCUCACCCGAUACCUUGUAGAGAAGAUGAAGAUGCGGAAGGGCUUUGAGCUGGUCAUGGAGCCAGAGUUUGUGAACGUGUGUUUCUGGUAUGUGCCCCCCAGUCUUCGGGGACUUCAAGACAGCCCUGAUUAUUGCCAGAAGCUCUCCAAGGUGGCGCCGGUGCUGAAGGAGCGCAUGGUCAAAGAGGGCUCCAUGAUGGUUGGCUACCAGCCCCACCGAAGCUGGCCCAACUUCUUCCGCCUAAUUGUGGCUAACCCAGCCCUGGGCACCACCGACCUCGACUUCUUCUUGGAUGAGCUGGAGCGGUUGGGGCAGGACUUGUAAUUUCCCUAGGCGGACUAGAAACAGAAACCCAAAGUCACGCCAUCCCUGCUCUCGAGGUGCUUCCAUUCCCGUGGGGAAGAUCGCGACCCCACACAAUUUACUCACUA